GCAUUAUACAUGCACUCAACAUGCAAACAUUAUUUUUUUUUAAAUGAAGUCUCCACCAACGUCUAACGAACCAGUGUUAGAUACGAUUUAAAUCACUGCUAAGGUUAACAGUGUUAUUUUUCUGUCUCUAUUUUGUUGUUUUAAAUGCAACUCAAACCGUCGGAAAUAUUGUAUUCACAGGAUUCGAUCAAUAUUUACUUCGAUUCGAAAUCUAGCCAUGAUGGGCACAAACUUGGAGAAACCCUGGACGAUAUAUGCGAGGGAAACUGCAGCUUUGAAUCAGUACCUGCAAUUACCGUAGUUAACCAAGACGGAAAGUGGAUGACAACGAACAACCGACGUCUUUGUGUCUUUAAGGAGCUCGAAUUGCUCGGGAGGUGUCUUACUGUACCGGUCAAUGUCGGAGAAAGUAUUCCGGAAGCGAGGCGUACUACGAGAAACGGUGGGCUGUCGAUUAUUAUCCGCGGAUACCCAGAGGGUAGAAGGUACCAGGAACAUGAAAACAAGGACCAUUACCAGAUUGUUCCGAACUCAACAAGGUAUGAUGACAGCGAUUCGGAUGACAACUUCACACACAGUGAUAACUCCGACAACCAUGACAACAACAGUGAUGAAUGGUGAUAUGAAAUGUCUAACAGUUGAAUAAUACGUGCCAUAUCAACUUAAAUUGCACUGUUUUUAUUAAAUUACUUUUAAUUUAAAUAAUGAAAUUUAGCCUUAAAGAAUGUUGUCGAUCGUCUGUGAUACAUCGUCAUCUGUGAUAUUGUUUUUAUAGUAAAAGGGGAUUGAUUGUACUGUUUUCAUGUCACUUUAAUACACAUAUUUAUUUGAUACAAAUUCAUAAAGCGUG